AAUUCUGUAUAUUGUACUAUUUUUCUUGGAACCCUAAUACAUAGAAUCCACAAGAAACCCUAAUUUUGUACCACCAUGAUUCCUCCAAGUCCCUCGCCGCAUCUACACGGUUCAGAGAACAAAAUGCUCACAGAGGAGAAUCCCGAAGCAUUUGCUUCACCGGAGCAGAAACCCGAAGCAUUUGCUUCACCGGAGCAGAAAACCGAAGCAUUUGCUUCACCGGCGCAGAAACCCGAAGAUGGCAGCAAGAACAAGAAGCCCAAAAAGAAGAAGAAAAACAACGAAAACUCCGCACAACCGAACCAACUCCCUCAGCCUCAGGUAUGCUCUGAACCCUUAGUAGUAGUUACACCAAAUCCAGAAAUCAAAUCCAAUGAAGAAUCUUCAUUGCCUAAGAAAAAGAGACAGCGUAAGAAGAAAAGCUCGAUCAAUGCUGAAGUAGCACAGCCAAAUAGGGAAGAACCAAAGCCCUCCUUAGACCUAGAAAUUAGGAAAGAAGCCGAACCAGUUGGAGUUUCUGUAGAAGGUGCAGAAACUAUAACAGGUAAGGAACGGAAAAGUGAAAUAGGAAAAUUGCAUGAGGUGGUGAUUGUGGAGAAUGCACUCAAGCACGAUCAAGAUCAUCAUCACGAGCAAUUGAACAUAGUAGACACUGAAAAGAAGACGAGUAAGAAGACAAUUGAUUUAGAUGGGUCACAAUCCAAUGAGCCAGGUGAAACUGUGGUUCAAACAUCUAUAAUAGACAGAGAACUACCUCCGGUGGACCAGACUAUCCCAGGGAACACUCGUCCGGUAAAUUUAUCAGAGCUGGAAAAUGAGUACUUGGAUAGGAAAUAUAUGAAGAAAAGCUCGAUCAAUGCUAAAGUAGCACAACCAAGUAGGGAAGAACCAAAACCCUCAUUUCACCUAGAAAUUAAAAAAGAAGCUGAACCAGUUGUAGUUUCUGUAGUUUCUGUAGAAGGUGCAGAAACUAUAACAGGUAAGGAACGGAAAAGUGAAAUAGGAAAAUUGGAUGAGGUGGUGAUUUUGGAGAAUGCGCUCAAGCACGAUCAAGAUCAUCAUCAGGAGCAAUUGAACACAGUAGACACUGAAAAGAAGAGGAAGAGGAACAAGAGUGAGUUAGAUGGAUCACAAUCCAAUGAGCCAGGUGAAACUGUGGUUCAAACAUCUAUAAUCGACAGAGAAGCACCUCCGGUGGACCAGACUAUCCUAGGGAACACUCGUCCGGUAAAUUUAUCAGAGCUGGAAAAUGAGUACUUGGAUAGGAAAUGGAUGAAGAGGCAAAGAAACCGUGAACACAAAAUUAAAGAGGAGGAAAAAACCAAGGAGCGUAAUGGCAAGACAAUUGUAAUCCAAGUUCAGAGUCCUGUUGACCCUAUAAAGAAACCCUCAACAAACCCAGCGAUUAUAAUGGGCCCUCACCCUCCAGAACAGAAGACCUCAAGUAAAAAGAGGAAAAGGAAAGGUGGCCUCAAAAGUAAAGCGUUAGAAUCUGAUAGAGGCAAUGCUGGUUCAACUGCUGAAACCUCGGUUCAGGGAACUAAAAGAGUCAAAGUCACUAAAAGAGUCAAAGUCACUAAAAGAGUCAAAGUCACUAAAAGAGUCAAAGUCUCUAAUGCUCCCGAUUCUCAACAUGAUAAAAGUUCUAUGAUAUGUUGGACAUGCCGGGAAACCGAUCACACAAUGCAACAAUGCCAGAAGCUUAAAGACCUCUCUGAGGAUGAGGAAGUUUGCUUCUUUUGUGGGGAAAUCGGGCACUCACUUAAAAUAUGCUCAGUGGUUAAAGCAGGUGGAGGAAGGCUUGCUAGGUGCUUAUUUUGUAAUGAACAUGGUCACUUCACUUACAAGUGCCCUGGAAAUGUUCCUGAUCCAAAGGUGCAGUUGCCGCCGGUAGAAGCUGGAAAAUCCAGUGCUGAAGUUACAACUGAGAAGGGAGAAGCUGGAAAAUCCAGUGCUGAAGUUACAACUGAGAAGGGAGAAGCUGGAAAAUCCAGUGCUGAAGUUACAACUGAGAAGGGAGAAGCUGGAAAAUCCAAUGCUGAAGUUACAACUGAGAAGGGAGAAGUUGUCAGUUUAAAAUAACUCAAUCACUUUAUUUUAAAUAAACACAUUUUUCCAUUAUAAAAUUGUGUUUUUUUUUGUUUGUAUUUUUCUUUUGUUUACUGAGAGGAUUGCGAUUAUAUAAUGUUGUCCUAAUUUUUGAGAAAUGGCAAUGGCUACGGAUGAUUUUUCACCAAUCUUGUUCGAAUAAUGAUUUAUUGAAAUAAUAUACUAUUAAUGUUAUAUAUUUUUUU